CCCACUUGUUACAGCGAACCUUGGAUCCAGCAAGUAGCAAAGUCUGCGAAUGCACGCGCCACCUCUGCCAGUUUUCACUACUCCCUUUCAAACCCUAAAUUUUCUCCCAUUCUCCAUUCUACAUUUCCAUUUUCUUUUUAUUUCAAGAAACCCAAAAAUAUAAAUCAUUUCGCGGAUAUUCGUUUAUUCUUUUGCUGUUGUUCCCUGCUGUGUUGCAUCGCACAUCGAAUUCUUUUACCAGUACCUACUUAAUUCAUAAGCAAAAUACAAUUACUUCCAGAGCAUAAGUGGGUUUCUUUAAAGUUCUUUGCAUGGAAUCUUGAUUUUGAAUUGGUGGGUGUUGUUGCUCUGUUAUGACUGAUGGCACUUGAAUCUUGGGUUCUGAGUUUCCAAAGCUUCAACCCCAGUUCCAGAUUGUUUUACACUGCUCAUGAAAAUCGGCGAAAGAGCAUACCAAUCAACUUUUUGGGUAGAAACAGUAGAUAUUCAUUUCCCUUUGUUUCCAGUUGUGUCGGUCCAUCCACUUUUUCAACCCUGCAGGUUUCAAGUUUUGGAGCAGAUGCCAAGUUACUAGGUAGAACUCGGUUGAGGUGUUUAGAUGGUAGCAGUGAGGGUUUGAGUGAGAGAAAUGCUGUUUCCGAAACCAAUUUGAAGUUUAUGCACGAAUUGUUGAAGAGGGGAAUCAUCCUAGCUGCAACUGUUUGUGGGGUUUUGGUGUUUGGAUGUCCACGAGUUUUCGCAGUUGAAGGUGUUGUGGAUGCAGGAUAUGGCGUUAUUGGACAGAGCAUACUUUUGCUUAGAAAUACUUGGCCUAAAGUGUUGCAAGUUCUUCGCAUAUUCAAGGAGCAAGGUUUAGUGCUGGCACUGCUUUUGGGCAUUUCGGCCUUUUUCUCUAUGGCAGAGACUUCAAUCACCACACUUUGGCCUUGGAAGGUUCGUGAGUUGGCUGAAAAGGAGUCCGAAAAUGGCGUUUUCAGACUACUCCGAAGUGAUGUUACUCGGUUCCUUACAACAAUACUUAUUGGCACAACGGUGGUCAAUAUCGGUGCAACUGCACUGGUCACUGAAGCAGCAACUGCUAUGUUUGGUGAAGCUGGUGUCAGUGCUGCAACAGGAGUGAUGACUGUUGCCAUUUUGCUUCUCACUGAAAUCACUCCAAAAAGUAUAGCUGUUCAUAAUGCCACAGAGGUGGCUCGUUUUGUGGUCAGGCCAGUGGCAUGGCUUUCCCUGGUGUUGUAUCCUGUAGGAAGAAUUGUUACUUAUCUUUCAAUGGGGAUGCUGAAAUUGCUUGGCCUAAAAGGAAGAAGUGAGCCAUAUGUGACAGAAGAUGAGCUAAAAUUGAUGCUAAGAGGUGCAGAACUAAGUGGGGCAAUAGAGGAGGAAGAACAGGAUAUGAUUGAAAAUGUUCUAGAGAUAAAAGAUACACAUGUCAGAGAGGUUAUGACCCCUCUUGUUGAUGUUGUUGCAAUUGAUGCAAGUUCAAGCCUGGUAGACUUUCAUCACUUGUGGGUCACACAUCAGUACUCAAGGGUACCUGUUUUUGAGCAACGCGUUGAUAAUAUAAUGGGUAUAGCGUAUGCAAUGGAUCUGCUGGACUAUGUUCAAAAGGGGGAGUUGCUGGAAAGUACUACAGUUGGAGAUAUGGCUCACAAGCCUGCUUAUUUUGUACCUGAUUCAAUGUCUGUUUGGAAUCUUCUUAGAGAGUUCAGAAUCAGGAAGGUUCACAUGGCGGUUGUUCUUAAUGAGUAUGGUGGAACUGUGGGGAUUGUAACUCUAGAAGAUGUUGUGGAGGAAAUUGUUGGUGAAAUCUUUGAUGAAAAUGACUCAAAGGAGGAGAUACAGAAAAAAACUGGUUACAUAGUAAUGCGAGCUGAGGGUGUUUUUGAUGUGGAUGCAAACACAUCUAUUGAUCAGCUCUCAGAAGAUUUGAACAUCAAGAUGCCGGAGGGUCAUCAAUAUGAGACAGUAUCAGGCUUUGUGUGUGAGGCAUUUGGAUACAUUCCAAGGACAGGUGAGUGCAUCAAAGUGGUUCUUGAAAGGGAAGAUGAAGAUGAUAACAAUGAGUCCAGUGCUGACCAGCAGGAUCAGAAGGAAAAGAAUCAAACUUUCAAACUUGAGAUACUAGCUGGAAAUGCUAGAAAGGUGAGCGCAGUUCGGUUUGAAAGAAAAAAUAAUAAUGAUGAGAUGUUGGAGACUAAAGUCACUCGCAUGGUCCCCAAAAUCAUGAAGAGAAAAUGGAACAACGCUGAAAACUUGGAGGCUGAUGAUACAGAAUAUGAUGGAGAUACAUUUGCAAAGAAACCACAGGAAGACAUUUCUAGUGAAUAUUUAGUUGAUCAGGAAAGUUCUAGUACAGAAUAAGCUUGUUUCGUUCUUCAUCUCUUUUUUCCCCUUUCUUUAUACCUGGCAUGCUUUUGUGCCAUUUUUGCUACAAUCUAUAACAUGGGAAAAUUGAGAGGCGUGUACAAAAUGAGAAACAAAACCCUGCAAAGACAAAUUAGAGGCGUCUAUGCUAACAAAAGUCUUUAAGGCUUUGGUGUAAUAAAGAUUUCAGUUUGAUUAA